AUGGCGUGGUCUUUUUUGAAAUAUUUUACCGUUGUUUUCUAUUUGAUAUCGAUUGCUAAUGCACAGCGUACCCCAACAAUAUCACAUAUCACUCAAGAACAGAUAAGAGAUAUUGGUGGACAGGUAGACUUGGACUGCUCAGUCCAUUAUGGUCAAGAUUAUCCUGUACUGUGGGUAAAAUAUGACCGUCUGAAGACAACAGAGUCAUUACCCCUGUCUACCAGCUCUGGUCUUAUUAUCCGUGACUCCCGGUUCUCCUUGCGUUAUGAUGAUGCCUCGGCUACUUAUACCCUUUCUAUCAAAGAUAUCCAAGAGACAGAUGCUGGAUGGUACCAGUGUCAAGUAAUAAUAACGGUGAGCAGCAUAAUAUCAGCUGAAGUGGAGUUGCAAGUGAGACGGCCACCAAUCAUCUCUGACAACUCUACUAGAUCUAUUGUCACUAGUGAAGGAGAGAGUACACAAAUGGAAUGCUACUCUGAUGGUUUCCCGCCCCCAAAAAUCUCUUGGCGUCGGGAGAACAACGCCAUCCUGCCUACUGGUGGCUCCAUCUAUCGUGGCAACAUUCUGAAAAUCCCAAAGGUUCACAAGGAAGACCGUGGAACGUACUACUGUGUGGCCGAAAACGGAGUGGGCAAAGGGGCCAGGAGGAAUAUUAACUUGGAAGUCGAGUUCGCCCCAGUUGUGACCGUCCCCAGGCCCAGAUUGGGACAGGCUUUACAAUACGACAUGGACUUGGAGUGUCACGUUGAGGCCUAUCCUCCACCGGCUAUCACUUGGCUCAAGGAUGAAGUGCUUCUGUCCAACAACCAGCAUUAUAGAAUUUCUCACUUCGCGACCGCAGACGAAUUCACAGACACGACGCUAAGAGUAAUUACUAUUGAGAAGCGGCAAUAUGGGAUGUUCACUUGCAAAGCACAGAACAAGUUGGGAAGGGACGAGGGCAGAGUCGAGUUGUUUGAAACAAUUAUCCCGGUGUGUCCGCCGGCGUGUGGCCAAGCGCGCUACGGGGCUGCAACAUCGCUCGCGCCCUCCAUUGAAACGGUCGCUGUUAUGUUCACGGCCUAUGUUCUAUACGCCUUCCGGUAA